AUGAGUUCUCAUCCAUCAAACCAAUCCUUUUCUUCCUUCACGGGUCCCGGAAAUCAGACACAACCACUCCAUCCUCCUACUCUGAGGCCUGGAUUUCCCAGACCUAGCCCUGAUGGCGAUGUCAACGGCACCUAUGGCCGUCCAUCGCAGGUGGAAGUCACGAUAGGCUCAGCUGAGCAUGUCUUCAACUGCCUUCGUGGAGGUCGGGGUCUGGCAUGCCCUCACUUCCCAAAGUAUACCGCUGGGACUCUCACCGUUCAUCGGGAUUACCCAAGCCGACUUGGAUUCUUUCAUGCUUCCAAUCCCAAGGGGUUCAUCAGCUACCUGGAAACAGCGAAGUUCUGCCCGAACUGCCUCGAUCAAGUAGUUCCCAAUGGAUACAACUACUGGACGAUGAUCCCAAACGGCGACGGCCGAGCCAUUGAGGGCCGCUGGCUAGAGACAGCCAUGUCAUCGCAGAUGUAUCCACGGCUGUACCAAGCUGGAACCGAGCGCUUCGACCAAACAACUCUUCGGCCGCAGUCUGUUCCUGGCAAUCUCAUUACUCAACCAAAGGAACUCCCUAUUCCCCAGAUCGCCGAGGCCCAUGAUGCGUGGCGGUGGAUGCAAUCUCAAAUGAAGCCUUUCUACAUCGACGCACUUCACCUCACGAACGGUUGGACUCCAUUUGCCGAACUAUCAGCUCAAGAGGACUCCAGAAUUGCGAGGAGAAGCGGACAAUCUUUCGUCAUGAGCCGAUCCUCUGGGGCCAUCAAGGACUUUGCACAGCGGCAUGUCACCCAAGACCAUUCCCCCCUCCCCAACAUGAGUCGCUCUUCGGCACCGCAGCCUUCGUCCGAUGUCCCAAUCGCGAAGGGAGACAAUAAACAGUCUGUUCCGACCUCUAUUCCGACUUCCAUUAGGACCAACCCAAAUAUCACUGCUACCGCAGCUUCUCCAAUCACACGGAAGGCGGUGCCAGGCACUUCCACUCAUCCGGAUCUAUACCACGCAUCCUCUGUUCCUGACAUGCAACAGCGAGCCGGUGUCGCAACUUCUACGGCAACCCAUUUUGCAGCUGGAGUCGCAAACAGAUCAACCACGUACCGCACCAGUAGUUGGUAUCGUCACGAUCCAAUCGACUUUGAUGAGUUGGAUUCUGGUCCGACAACAACAGUGCCACAGCAGCUACCAGCGCCAAUGUCUAGCAACUCAGCGCCACUUCCAAGAGUUAUUGAACCAGGUAUUGGUACAAAGAUCGUGCCAGCUACCUUGGAUACCGCCCGAGUCACGGAGAUUUUCCGACUCUUUGAACCCAAUGCGCAAACGCGAUCUACGCAGCCAAGCGUGACGCAAGGGACCGCAAACAAGGUCGCGAGUGGGAUCCCGCCGCGACAUCCAGACAGACCCAAGAAGCUCGUACCAACAACUCAGAGCGCUUCGAAGGAGAUGGCAGGAAAGACGCCAACGCCCCAACUCAAGCAGACUCAAGCCGCCCAGAAAGGGUUUCAGGCGGCGCCUCCCACCAUGACAGCUCAGCACGUGCGGGAGGGCCAACCUCCCAAGUCUGUUGCGCGCCACCCUGACGCGGCAACUCCUGCUCUCAGAAACACUCCGGCGGCACAAAAGGAUCGCUCGAGGUCCGCUAUUGAUACCGGCAGGGCUAAAGCAUCCGCCGACGACAAGCGAGCCACGGGUCUGAGUCAAACAGGGCCGAAACCCCCACACAAUAAAGUCAGCGGCAUUAAACCAACUAAAGCAACCCCGAAGAGGGAGUCUGGUCGGGCAGCGUCGAGUGAGCGCAAAGGGUCCAGAGUUUCAGGGAAGGAGAAGAAGACCUCUAGAUUGGAAGGCCCAAAGCCUCAAAAGCCUCCACGCAAAGGGAACAAAUCCAACGGUUUCGCUUCGACUCCUGGCAAGCACGGAGAAAACAGCAGCCACAUCACCAACAAUAGCUCCGUGACAAACUCAACGACUAAUACCACCAUUCAUAUCAUCGGUGGAGACUCCGAAGAUUCCGAAUCGGAGCCGGAUACCACAGGCGAUGACACAUCUGGAGACGAGACCGAUGGAACUGGCGACUUCCCUGAGGCUAUUGGUGUUGAUACGUCAGUGCCAUCUUCACCAGUUGGUUCAACCGGGCAACAUCCUCCGGGACAAUCAGAUUUGGGCAGUUCCUCCAACAACAAUGAAGAGCCUGGUCAACAGCCUGAGGUGACGUCUCAUCCAUCAUCUCCGGCAUCUCAAAUUGGUGGUCAAACACCAAUCUUCUCUGGUCAGCAAGCCCAGGUUCAGAUUCAUGGUCACGGGGUUCAGCCAGGGACCGGCAUAGACACAUUGCCAACAGCCACCAAUCUCCCCACUCCACUCAUUUCCCAGCAGUUUUCAAGUGAAGGCUUUGGCCAGGGCUUCCGACCUGAUGCCGCAGAUAGCGCAAUAACCUCAUCCAAUGGUAUGCAGUCUGCCGCGGGGGCUGUCAUGGUCGGAGGACAAGGCUCAGCGCCCACCUACUCGACGCAAAAUCCACUACCGAGAUACACCCAGCAGCCUGUGUCUCAUUCAGAAUACGAGGAAGGUGAACAGAUGGGAAAUGCGCCCCACGACAAUCAGCAUUGGAAUCCCGCGCCAUCGGGGCCACCGGCCUUUUCAACCGGCAAUGGCAGUCAUCAGUUUUCCAAUCAUCCCAGCCAGAAUUCUGAAACUUCAUAUCCUGGUAUGGACAGCGACAACCAGGUGCAGCCAGGCUGGAGGGCAAACGCGGCUGGCGAUGUGUCUGUCGGUAGUUCAUAUACAACUCCAGUUGGGACAAAGCCCCAAGCAAGUCAGGGACUGCCCCCGGUUGCCGCAGCUUAUGCGGCAUCCGAACAAAAGCCCUCAGUGCCAGCCUCCGCCGCUGCCGGAGGAUGGCCUCCAAAGAAAGCAGGAUUUGAUGCCGAUUCUUACGCUGUUCCCAGUGCUGAGAUGGAUCUCAAAGAGCAGACUGAAGAUGCAGGGCACAUGUCAGCCGCUCAACCGGGGUCGCACUCAGACCAAGUCGAAUCAUCAUCGUGGCCGGUGGAAACUGGACAGGGCCUGAAUCAGAGCUACUCUUCUCCGACUACGGCGCAAGCUCCUGACCCUUCGUACGACCCAUGGGCAGCACAAACAGGGGCUUCACAGCAGUCGAGGACAGACCCAUGGGGAGGAGUACAGACUGCAGGCAUGGCCAAGCCAAAUUCAGCCUGGGAAAAUUCAGCCUGGAAUUCCCAAGCUGAGCCCAUGUCUCCUGGCCCAUCAGCAAAGCCUAACACCUCAGAUAUCCAAGCGUGGCAGCCACAGAGAAGUCCUUCAACAGGGGAGGGUCACUAUUCCUCUCCUAGUGAAGAUCAAAAUGCAAGUUGGGCAGAUUGGACCAAUCGUAAUAAUGCUCCAGCCGCCGGAAGGUCCCAAGCAUCUCAGGUUCCUACAUGGCAGGCUCCGGCGCCCUAUGCAGAACAAAGCUCGCACAUGGGUCCUUAUGGCUCUCGACAAGGACCCGAUGAGCAUCAGCCUUUUGCACUUGGAGGCCAGCCAUCCCCGAACUACGACAGCAGAACCAACAGAUUGACAGCAGCUGCCUUGGGUUUGGCUGCGGGAGCGGCUAUCGGUUAUGGAGUCGCUUCCUUGGCUCGCAGCUCAUCCACAUCGUCUGCAUCACCAAAAACUUCCGACCAGGGAGAUAACGAACAGGAGCCAUAUAGCAACCAGAUUUGGAACAAUUCAUAUGGACAAAAUGGCACUCUCUACAACGAUGAAAAUGAUGCUGCUCAAGAGACGAGCAGUAUUAAAAGUGUAAGUUCGUCGGCGCCAUCAGAUCAGGAAAAUACAGGCUGGUUAGCACAAGAGCAACAAUCGGUGAACAGCAAUUGGGAUCAAAAUGGCGACAGCAGCCACUACGCCGACUUGUUCCAUCACGGAGACGUUUACAAGAACGAUUAUCAGCAUUCCGACGACCGGUCCAUGACUCCGGAUCAAUCUUCGCCAACAUACCACAACGACGAACACUUUUCUCAGCAAUCGAGCGAGUUUGAACAACCACACGCACACCAAGAGGUCUCGGAGAAUGCUGAAGAGUAUAGUUGGCCCGGUGAGGAUAAUACGUAUCAGCAGUCGCACCAAGAUCAGUACGAAAGUGAGAAUGAGGGUACGUAUGAUUCGGAGCCCUCGGUCUACGAUCCCCAGCCCGAUCAAGGCUAUGAGCCACAGGAUCAGUACUUUCAACAUCAUGAAUAUGCGCCGGAGGCCUGUGAAGAUUCGGAUGGAUUUAGGGACGACCAAAGUAAUCCACAGACCGAUGAUCAGAGUGAUAACCAAAGCGAGUCUGAGGACGGGUAUGAGUAUCCUUCGGGCAACGGUAGCGAUGAUGGGGAGAAUGAUGGUAAUGGAGCUUACUCCGAUGAUGACUCGGACUAA